AUGUCGACAACUACUGGAGCGUUCCUUGCCGGAGGUAUCGCAGCUUGCGGUGCCGUCACCGUUACCCAUAGUUUCGAGACCGUGAAGAUUCGGCUACAGCUACAGGGUGAAUUGCAGGCAAAGAGUGAGGCCGUCAAGCUAUACAAGGGUCCUUUGCAUGGUGUGAAGGUCAUUCUCCAGAAUGAGGGUCCUCGCGGUCUGUUCCGCGGAAUUGGAUCUGCCUACAUCUACCAAGUCCUGCUAAACGGCUGCCGUCUGGGUUUAUAUGAACCUAUCCGCUCUAACGUCACAUCUGCCAUCUACAACGAUGCCACUGUUCAGUCUCUCGGCGCCAAUGUCUUCGCUGGUGCCGCCUCUGGUGUUAUCGGUGCUGCCGCUGGUUCUCCUUUCUUCCUAGUGAAGACCCGCCUCCAAUCAUUUUCUCCUUUCCUUCCCGUCGGUACUCAGCACAACUACAAGAACUCGUUUGAUGGUUUGAGCAAGAUCUACAAGUCCGAGGGUAUCAAGGGUAUCUACCGUGGUGUUGGCGCCGCCAUGAUUCGGACCAGUUUCGGCAGUGCUGUUCAGCUCCCGACCUACUUCUUCGCUAAGCGUCGUUUGACCCGCCACUUGGGUAUGGAAGAGGGUCCUGCUUUGCACUUGGCCAGCAGCGCCGCUUCCGGUUUCGUAGUGUGCUGUUUCAUGCACCCCCCUGAUACUAUUAUGGCGCGCAUGUACAACCAGACUGGAAACCUCUACGGAGGCGUAUUUGACUGUCUUCUCAAGACAGUUCGCAAGGAGGGUGUGCUCGCAAUCUACAAGGGCUUCUUUGCCCACCUUGCCCGCAUUCUGCCCCACACAAUCAUCACCCUCAGCUUAGCUGAGCAGACUAAUAAGCUGAUGCGCCGCUUCGAGGAUCGGGUUCUGCCUGAUUCUCUCCGUGGUAAGAUCUAA